AUGCCCGGCGACAGGCUUUUCUUUUACUUCAGCGGCCACAGCACUCAAGUUGACAACCUCUCAGCCUACGAGGGAGAAGGCUACGAUGAGGCUUUGCUACCAGUGGACUUUGACUCUUUAGGCAGCGAAGAAGAUGCAAAUCUGCUGCUGACAAUUCACCUCAAAGAG